AUGGCGAGGCAGCCUCUGUGUUGGGGUCUCCGGGGACCGUUGACCCCGGUACUCCUGCUCAUUCUCUUCCUCUCUUUGUUCCCCUGCAGCCGGGAGGAGCUGGGGGGCGGCGGGGAAGAGGCCUGGGACCCAGGGGUAGCUGCCACAGAGCCAAGAGCUCAGAUAGGCGGUGGAGCCUUAGCUCUUUGUCCCGAGUCGCCUGGGGCCUGGGAGGAUGGAGAGUCUGGCCUAGGAGUCAGGGAGCCUGUCUUCAUGCGGCUCCGAGGGGGUAGGCAAAGCGCCCGGAGCGGUCGAGGGUCUCCCGAACAGACAAACCCGGAGCUGGCAGUUCAGGCAUUGGACAGUCGCGAGCAAGAGACAGGACAGGGACCAGGGUGUCUGUUAUGUUGGCACCCGGAGAUCUCCUCUUGCGGGCGGACAGGGCCUUUGCGAAGAGGUAGUCUGUCUCCAGAAGCUCUGUCCCCAGGGGAUCCCGGUGUGGGGAGCAGCUCUCCCCACCCUUUGGACCUUCUGGUUCAGUCUGGUGCCCCCAAGCCAAUGUCCUUCCAGCGUAAUGUUAGGAGAGGCAUCCGCAAAAGAGUGGAAACCGUGAGCUGCUGCGGGGAACUGUGGGCGUCGGGACGCAAGGGUCAAGGCGAGAGAGCCACGACAUCCGGAACGGAGAGGAGGAAACCCCUGCGGCGGGACUGUCUUCCCGGGGCUAUGGGAGCUGUCUUCGGGUUGGAUUCAGCACCACGUGCGGCGAGGACAGCUCCUACGUCGGGUUCAGCACCCCGCAAGUCCCGGACAGCUCCAGUGUCUGCACCUCAGCGCAUGCGCUCCCGAGGUCUCUUCCGUCGCCGCUUCCUCCCUCAGCGCCCCGGGCCUCGUCCCCCCGGGUCCCUCACCUAUCCCGAAGCAAGACAGGCACGUCCCCGCCGCGCUGCAAACCGUCACCCGCAGUUUCCACAGUACAACUACCAGACGCUGGUACCCGAGAACGAAGCGGCGGGCACAUCGGUGCUGCGCGUGGUGGCGCAGGACCCGGACCCGGGAGAGGCAGGGCGCCUGGUCUACUCGCUGGCUGCGCUCAUGAACAGCCGCUCGCUGGAGCUUUUCAGCAUCGAUCCGCACAGCGGCCUGAUCCGCACGGCCGCCGCCCUGGACCGCGAGAGUAUGGAGCGCCACUACCUGCGGGUGACCGCGCAGGACCACGGCUCGCCGCGCCUCUCGGCCACCACCAUGGUAGCCGUGACCGUAGCCGACCGCAACGACCACUCGCCUGUGUUUGAACAGGCACAGUACCGGGAAACACUUCGGGAGAACGUGGAAGAGGGUUACCCCAUCCUGCAGUUGCGUGCCACGGAUGGCGAUGCGCCACCUAACGCCAACCUACGCUACCGUUUCGUGGGGUCGCCGGCUGCGCGCACCCCCGGCGCUGCCUUCGAGAUCGACCCACGUUCUGGACUCAUCAGCACCAGCGGCCGAGUGGACCGCGAGCACAUGGAAAGCUACGAGCUGGUAGUGGAGGCCAGUGACCAGGGUCAGGAGCCUGGGCCACGUUCGGCUACUGUGCGAGUACACAUAACUGUGCUGGAUGAGAACGAUAACGCGCCCCAGUUCAGCGAGAAGCGCUACGUGGCGCAGGUGCGCGAGGAUGUACGCCCCCACACGGUCGUGCUACGCGUCACAGCCACCGACCAGGACAAGGAUGCCAACGGUUUGGUACACUACAACAUCAUCAGUGGCAACAGCCGAGGCCACUUUGCCAUCGACAGCCUCACAGGUGAGAUCCAGGUAGUGGCACCUCUAGACUUUGAGGCAGAGAGAGAGUAUGCUUUGCGCAUCAGGGCCCAAGACGCCGGCCGGCCGCCCUUAUCCAACAACACGGGCCUGGCAAGCAUCCAGGUGGUAGACAUCAAUGACCACACUCCUAUCUUUGUUAGCACGCCCUUUCAGGUCUCUGUUCUGGAAAAUGCACCCCUGGGCCACUCGGUCAUUCACAUUCAGGCGGUGGACGCAGACCACGGGGAGAAUGCCAGACUGGAGUAUUCCCUAACCGGUGUAGCACCUGACACACCAUUUGUGAUAAACAGCGCCACUGGCUGGGUCUCUGUGAGUGGUCCCCUGGACCGUGAGUCUGUUGAACAUUACUUCUUUGGUGUGGAGGCCCGUGACCAUGGCUCACCUCCACUUUCUGCCUCAGCCAGUGUCACUGUAACCGUGUUGGAUGUUAAUGACAAUCGGCCCGAGUUCACUAUGAAAGAGUACCACCUUCGGCUGAACGAGGAUGCAGCUGUAGGCACCAGUGUGGUCAGUGUGACUGCAGUAGACCGCGAUGCCAACAGCGCCAUCAGCUACCAAAUCACAGGUGGCAACACCCGCAAUCGCUUUGCCAUCAGCACCCAAGGGGGUGUGGGUCUGGUGACCCUGGCUCUGCCCUUGGAUUACAAGCAGGAACGCUACUUCAAGCUGGUGCUUACUGCAUCUGACCGUGCCCUGCACGAUCACUGCUAUGUGCAUAUCAACAUCACGGAUGCCAAUACGCACAGGCCUGUCUUUCAAAGUGCUCAUUACUCGGUGAGCAUGAAUGAGGACCGGCCUGUAGGCAGCACUGUGGUGGUCAUCAGUGCCUCUGAUGAUGAUGUGGGUGAAAACGCUCGCAUUACCUACCUUCUGGAAGACAACCUGCCUCAGUUCCGUAUUGAUGCAGACUCGGGGGCCAUUACGCUACAGGCCCCACUGGACUAUGAGGAUCAAGUGACCUAUACUCUGGCCAUUACUGCUCGGGACAACGGUAUCCCACAGAAAGCAGACACCACUUAUGUGGAGGUAAUGGUCAAUGAUGUAAAUGACAAUGCCCCGCAGUUUGUGGCCUCCCACUACACAGGUUUGGUCUCUGAGGAUGCUCCGCCUUUCACCAGUGUCCUUCAGAUCUCGGCCACUGACCGAGAUGCGCAUGCCAAUGGCCGGGUCCAAUAUACGUUCCAGAAUGGGGAGGAUGGGGAUGGAGAUUUUACCAUUGAGCCUACCUCUGGCAUCGUCCGGACUGUGAGAAGGCUAGACCGGGAGGCAGUGCCUGUGUAUGAGUUGACUGCCUAUGCAGUGGACCGUGGUGUGCCUCCACUGCGGACUCCAGUCAGCAUCCAGGUGACGGUGCAAGAUGUGAACGACAACGCACCUGUCUUCCCAGCUGAGGAGUUUGAAGUGCGGGUGAAGGAGAACAGCAUUGUGGGGUCAGUGGUGGCCCAGAUCACUGCUGUAGACCCUGAUGAAGGCCCUAACGCCCACAUAAUGUACCAGAUUGUGGAAGGGAACAUCCCCGAGCUGUUCCAAAUGGACAUCUUCUCUGGAGAGCUGACGGCACUCAUUGAUCUAGAUUACGAGGCACGCCAGGAAUACGUGAUUGUGGUGCAGGCCACAUCUGCUCCUCUUGUCAGCCGAGCCACCGUACAUGUCCGCCUGGUUGACCAGAAUGACAACAGUCCUGUGCUCAACAACUUCCAGAUCCUCUUCAACAACUAUGUAUCCAACCGCUCAGAUACCUUCCCCUCAGGCAUCAUUGGACGCAUCCCAGCUUAUGACCCUGAUGUCUCCGAUCACCUCUUCUACUCCUUUGAGCGUGGCAAUGAGCUGCAGCUACUGGUGGUCAACCACACCAGUGGAGAGCUGCGACUCAGCCGCAAGCUGGACAACAACCGCCCGCUGGUGGCCUCCAUGUUGGUGACUGUCACAGAUGGCCUGCACAGUGUGACAGCCCAGUGCGUUCUGCGCGUGGUCAUCAUCACCGAGGAGCUGCUGGCCAACAGCUUGACCGUGCGCCUGGAGAACAUGUGGCAGGAACGCUUCCUGUCUCCCCUUCUGGGCCAUUUCCUUGAAGGCGUGGCUGCGGUGCUGGCUACGCCUACCGAAGACGUGUUCAUCUUCAACAUCCAGAACGACACGGACGUCGGGGGCACGGUGCUCAACGUGAGUUUCUCGGCCCUGGCCCCUCGCGGGGCCGGAGCGGGCGCUACGGGGCCCUGGUUCAGCUCGGAGGAGCUGCAGGAGCAACUGUACGUGCGCCGCGCCGCGCUGGCGGCCCGCUCGCUGCUCGACGUGCUGCCCUUCGACGACAACGUGUGCCUGCGCGAGCCCUGCGAGAACUACAUGAAGUGCGUGUCGGUGCUCCGUUUCGACUCCUCGGCGCCUUUCCUGGCUUCCGCCUCCACGCUCUUCCGCCCCAUCCAACCCAUCGCCGGCCUGCGCUGCCGCUGCCCGGCCGGUUUCACGGGCGACUUCUGCGAAACGGAGCUCGACCUCUGCUACUCGAACCCAUGUCGGAACGGCGGCGCCUGCGCGCGGCGCGAGGGCGGCUACACAUGCGUGUGCCGCCCGCGCUUCACCGGGGAAGACUGCGAGCUGGAUACCGAGGCGGGCCGCUGCGUUCCGGGAGUCUGUCGCAACGGAGGCACCUGCACCGACGCGCCCAAUGGCGGCUUCCGCUGUCAGUGCCCGGCGGGCGGCGCUUUCGAGGGCCCGCGCUGUGAGGUGGCGGCACGCUCCUUCCCUCCCAGUUCGUUCGUCAUGUUCCGCGGCCUGAGGCAGCGCUUUCACCUCACGCUGUCCCUCUCGUUUGCGACGGUGCAGCCCAGUGGGCUACUCUUCUACAAUGGGCGCCUGAAUGAGAAGCAUGACUUUCUAGCUCUGGAACUUGUGGCUGGCCAAGUGCGACUCACAUAUUCCACGGGUGAAUCCAGUACAGUGGUCAGCCCCACAGUUCCAGGGGGGCUCAGUGAUGGGCAGUGGCAUACAGUGCACCUUAGAUACUACAACAAGCCCCGGACAGAUGCCCUAGGGGGUGCUCAGGGCCCCUCGAAGGACAAGGUGGCUGUGUUGAGUGUGGAUGACUGCAAUGUGGCUGUGGCUCUGCAGUUUGGUGCCGAGAUUGGCAACUACUCAUGUGCAGCUGCUGGUGUGCAAACAAGCUCCAAGAAGUCCCUGGACCUGACAGGCCCUCUGCUCUUGGGGGGUGUCCCCAACCUUCCCGAGAACUUCCCUGUAUCCCACAAGGACUUCAUUGGCUGUAUGCGAGACCUGCACAUUGAUGGCCGCCGAAUGGACAUGGCGGCCUUUGUUGCAAACAAUGGCACCGUGGCAGGCUGCCAGGCCAAGUUGCGCUUUUGUGACUCAGGCCCUUGCAAGAACAAUGGUUUCUGCUCAGAGCGCUGGGAUGGCUUCAGCUGUGACUGUCCUGUGGGCUUUGGCGGCAAAGACUGUCGGCUCACAAUGGCCCAUCCCUACCAUUUCCAUGGCAAUGGCACACUGAGUUGGGACUUUGGAAGUGACAUGGCUGUGUCUGUCCCAUGGUACCUGGGGCUAGCAUUUCGGACACGGGCAACACGGGGAGUCUUGAUGCAAGUACAGGUUGGGCCACACAGCACACUCCUCUGUCAGCUAGAUCGGGGGUUUCUGUCUGUGACACUAACCAGGGGCUCAGGCCGUGCUGCCCACCUCCUGUUGGACCAGGUGACUGUCAGUGAUGGCCGAUGGCAUGAUUUGCGGCUGGAGUUGCAGGAGGAGCCGGGUGGCCGAAGGGGCCAUCAUGUUUUCAUGGUCUCACUGGACUUCAGCCUCUUCCAGGACACCAUGGCAGUGGGGAAUGAGCUGCAGGGCCUGAAGGUAAAGCAACUCCACGUGGGCGGCCUGCCCCCCAGCAGUAAGGAGGAGUCUCCUCAGGGUCUGGUCGGCUGCAUCCAGGGGGUGUGGCUUGGCUCUACACCCUUUGGGUCCCCAGCUCUUCUACCCCCCAGUCACCGAGUAAAUGUGGAGCCUGGCUGUGUCGUCACCAACACCUGUGCGUCUGGGCCCUGUCCAGCUCAUGCUGACUGCCAUGACCUCUGGCAGACCUUUUCCUGCACCUGUCGGCCAGGUUACUACGGCCCAGGGUGUGUGGAUGUCUGCCUCUUGAACCCCUGUCAGAACCAGGGGUCCUGCCGACACCUCUCGGGAGUCCCCCAUGGCUAUACUUGCGAGUGUGCAGAUGGUUAUUUUGGUCAGCACUGUGAGCACAGGAUGGACCAGCAGUGCCCUCGGGGUUGGUGGGGAAGCCCAACGUGUGGCCCAUGCAACUGUGAUGUUCACAAGGGCUUUGACCCCAACUGCAACAAGACGAACGGGCAUUGUCACUGCAAGGAGUUCCACUACCGACCACGGGGCAGUGACUCAUGCCUCCCAUGUGACUGCUACCCUGUGGGCUCCACCUCGCGCUCCUGUGCACCCCACAGCGGGCAGUGCCCCUGCCGGCCAGGAGCCCUCGGCCGCCAGUGCAACAGCUGUGACAGCCCCUUUGCAGAGGUGACAGCCAGUGGCUGCCGGGUGCUCUAUGAUGCCUGCCCCAAGUCCCUGAGAUCUGGUGUAUGGUGGCCCCAGACCAAGUUUGGUGUCUUGGCCACAGUGCCCUGUCCCCGGGGGGCCUUGGGAUUGCGGGGUGCAGGUGCUGCCAUGCGGCUGUGUGAUGAGGACCAGGGUUGGCUGGAGCCUGACCUCUUCAACUGUACCUCCCCUGCCUUCCGGGAGCUCAGUGUACUGCUUGAUGGUCUGGAGCUCAACAAAACAGCACUGGAUACUGUGGAGGCCAAGAAGCUGGCUCAGAGGCUUCGGGAGGUGACUGACCAGACCAGCCAUUACUUUAGCCAAGAUGUCCGAGUCACUGCCCGUCUGCUGGCCUAUUUGCUGGCCUUUGAGAGCCAUCAACAGGGCUUUGGGCUGACAGCUACACAAGAUGCCCACUUCAAUGAGAAUUUGCUGUGGGCUGGCUCUGCAUUGCUUGCUCCAGAGACCGGGGACUUAUGGGCAGCCCUGGGGCAGAGGGCCCCUGAGGGCUCCCCAGGCAGCGCAGGGUUGGUGCGACAUCUGGAAGAGUAUGCAGCCACACUCGCAAGGAAUAUGGAACUCACGUACCUGAAUCCGGUGGGACUGGUGACGCCUAAUAUCAUGCUCAGCAUUGACCGCAUGGAACACCCCAGUUCGGCCCGUGGGGCUCAUCGUUACCCUCGCUACCACAGCAACCUCUUUCGAGGCCAGGAUGCAUGGGAUCCUCAUACUCACGUGCUCCUGCCUUCCCAGUCCCCACAGCCGUCCCCAACUGGAGUUCUACCCACAAGCAGCGGCCCAGAAAACUCCACGGCCUCAAGUGUGGUACCCCCACCAGCCCCGCCCGAGCCUGAGCCCGAGCCUGGGAUCUCCAUCGUCAUUCUCCUUGUGUACCGCACCUUGGGGGGGCUGCUUCCCGCCCAAUUCCAGGCUGAGCGCCGGGGUGCCAGGCUUCCCCAGAACCCCGUUAUGAACUCCCCAGUGGUCAGCGUGGCUGUGUUCCAUGGACGCAACUUCCUGAGGGGUGUCCUGGAGUCUCCGAUCAGCCUUGAGUUCCGCCUCCUACAGACAGCCAAUCGGAGCAAGGCGAUCUGCGUGCAGUGGGACCCACCUGGCCCGUCAGACCAGCAUGGUAUGUGGACAGCACGGGACUGCGAGCUGGUGCACAGGAAUGGGUCCCACGCAAGGUGUCGCUGCAGCCGGACAGGCACCUUCGGGGUCCUUAUGGAUGCCUCCCCCCGUGAGCGCCUAGAGGGUGACCUGGAGCUGCUGGCCGUCUUCACGCACGUGGUCGUCUCGGUGUCUGUGGCUGCGCUGGCGCUGACGGCGGCUGUCCUGCUGAGCCUGCGUAGCCUCAAGUCCAACGUGCGUGGGAUCCAUGCCAACGUGGCGUCUGCCCUGGGGGUUUCAGAGCUCCUCUUCCUCCUGGGGAUCCACAGGACCCACAACCAGCUGAUAUGUGCCGUGGUCGCCAUCCUCCUGCACUACUUCUUCCUCAGCACCUUCGCGUGGCUCCUCGUGCAGGGCCUGCACCUCUACCGCAUGCAGGUCGAGCCUCGCAAUGUGGACCGCGGGGCCAUGCGUUUCUACCACGCCCUGGGCUGGGGCGUUCCCGCAGUGCUGCUGGGCCUUGCUGUUGGCCUACAUCCUGAGGGUUAUGGGAACCCCGACUUCUGCUGGAUCUCCAUCCAUGAACCACUCAUCUGGAGUUUCGCUGGCCCUGUUGUUCUUGUCAUAGUGAUGAACGGGACUAUGUUUCUCCUCGCUGCCCGCACAUCCUGCUCCGCAGGGCAGAGGGAGGCCAAGAAGACCUCUAUGCUCAGGACCCUUCGCAGCUCCUUUCUGCUCCUCCUGCUGGUCAGUGCCUCCUGGCUCUUUGGCCUCCUGGCAGUCAACCACAGCAUCCUGGCCUUCCACUACCUCCAUGCUGGACUCUGUGGCCUCCAGGGCCUAGCAGUGCUGCUACUCUUCUGUGUCCUGAAUGCAGAUGCCCGGGCUGCCUGGACACCAGCCUGUCUGGCCAGGAAGGCAGCACCUGAGGAAACAAGGCCAGCGCCAGGGCCAGGGUCUGGGGCUUACAACAACACAGCCCUCUUCGAAGAGAGUGGCCUCAUCCGCAUCACUCUUGGUGCCUCUACCGUCUCCUCAGUGAGCAGUGCCCGUUCUGGCCGGACCCAGGACCAGGACAGCCAGCGGGGCCACGGCUACCUCAGGGACAAUGUCCUGGUUCGACAUGGCUCGGCUGCUGACCACGCUGACCACAGCCUCCAGGCUCACGCUGGCCCCACUGACCUGGAUGUGGCUAUGUUCCAUCGAGAUGCUGGCGCGGACUCUGACUCUGACAGUGACCUGUCCUUAGAGGAGGAGAGGAGUCUGUCCAUCCCGUCUUCAGAAAGCGAGGACAACGGCCGGACACGAGGGCGUUUCCAACGUCCACUCCAGCGGGCAGCCCAGAGUGAGAGGCUCCUCACCCAUCCCAAAGAUGUGGAUGGCAAUGACCUCCUGUCCUACUGGCCAGCCCCGGGGGAGUGCGAGGCUACAUCCUGUGCUCUGCAGACGUGGGGCUCUGAGAGACGCCUAGGGCUGGACACCAGCAAAGAUGCGGCCAACAACAACCAGCCAGAUAUGGCCCUGACCAGUGGGGAUGAGACCUCCUUAGGCCGGGCCCAGCGCCAGAGGAAAGGCAUCCUGAAGAACCGGUUGCAGUACCCACUGGUGCCACAAGCCCGGGGCGCUCCUGAGCUGUCCUGGUGCCGCGCAGCCACCCUGGGCCACCGCGCAGUGCCUGCUGCUUCCUACGGCCGCAUCUAUGCUGGCGGCGGCACGGGCAGUCUCUCCCAGCCAGCCAGCCGCUACUCUUCGCGAGAACAGCUGGACCUGCUGCUACGGAGGCAGCUGAGCCGGGAGCGACUAGAGGAGGCCCCGGCCUCUGCUCUACGACCCCUGAGCCGGCCGGGUUCCCAGGAACGCCUGGAUGCUAUGCCGGGCCGCCUGGAGCCUCGAGAUCGGGGUAGCACCCUGCCACGGAGACAGCCACCCCGGGACUACCCAGGCGCCAUAGCUGGCCGCUUCGGGUCACGGGAUGCGCUGGACUUAGGGGCACCCCGAGAAUGGCUGAGCACACUGCCCCCGCCCCGCCGCACCCGGGACCUUGACCCACAUCAUCACCCGCCUCUGGCCCUGUCUCCGCAGCGGCAACUCUCAAGGGACCCCCUCUUGCCAGCGCGGCCCCUGGACUCUCUGUCUAGGAGCUCGAACUCUCGGGAGCAGCUGGACCAGGUGCCUAGCAGGCACCCUUCACGAGAGGCUCUUGGACCAGCCCCGCAACUGCUCAGAGCCAGGGAGGACCCAGCCAGUGGCCCCAGCCACGGCCCCUCCACUGAGCAGCUGGGCAUCCUCUCUUCCAUCCUCGCCUCUUUCAACUCCUCAGCUCUCUCUUCUGUGCAGUCCUCAAGCACGCCCUCGGGCCCCCACACCACUGCCACGCCUUCUGCCACAGCCUCUGCACUGGGUCCCUCCACUCCUCACUCGGCAACAUCCCACAGCAUCUCGGAGCUGUCGCCUGACUCAGAAGUCCCCAGAAGUGAGGGCCACUCGUGAGGGGCUGGCAGGCGGAUAAGGAACAGCCAAGGGCAUCCGAGGAUUUGGGCUGACAGAAGAGAUACCAGGGGGCUGAGCCCAAGGCCACCUCCUUGGGACCGAAGCCCCAGCGUUGCUGGGAUCCCAUGCGCAUCUGGGCAUGCGUGUGACAGGUGCAGGAGGGUGGGGAUGGAAGGGAGGACUUUUAUACAUUUUGUACCUUUGUAACCAGAGAGAUAUGCUUAUGUUAUUUUUCAGCUUUUCUGUUUCCUGGGGGUGGGGGUCUGAGGCUGGGCUGGGAGGGGAGAGGGGGGAUGGGAGAGAGAUGCAGUUUAGCCUCAUUUGGGUCCCCACAUUGAUCUGAAUGUUGUCGGGGGGCCCAAAGUACAAAUGUGAUCUUUGCAUCUUCUCGAAUGCCCCACUGGCCAAACUUCUGGGGUUGGAAAUUGGUCUAGGAAAUCGGGGUCCUUUGAUUCCCCUUCUGGAGUCUCACUCAUGCCGCUCCUCUCUGGGGAUACGUAUGUUUAUUACAUGGAGUCCCUGCCACUUACUGCCUUAUGACCUAGGACUGAUGCUGUGGGCGCUGGUAGAGCAGCAGGUGUCAUGUUUACAGAACAAGGCUUCCCCUUCUCCCUUGGGAAGGGUCUCGAGCCUCUACUCAGACAUUCCUGCAGAGGGUGGGUGAAGGGGUCCGCUCCCCUUCCCCUGCCUGAGCAACAGUUAUCUGUGGUGCCAUUUGAAUCCCGACACUACCCUCUUAGGGGUGAGUGGGGGGGGGGGGACAAAGGGAGCAGAAACAAGGGAAUUCAAGACCCAGAAUGUAGGUGCCGCUGUCUCCCUAGUUUACAGGAUCCUCCCUGGCCCCAGGCACCAGGCUGCAGAAGUGACUCAGUUCCACCCUCUUUUACUCCCUUAUAAAGGGAAAAGUGACCCUUAGGACUUGGUUCACAAAACUUUCUUCUCUUCCUUUGUACAAUGUCCAGAACUCCAGGACUUUAAAACUUUGUUACUUUGUUUACAGGUCAAGAUUUUUUUUUUUUAAAAAAAAUUACUUUGUUUACAACUUAAAAGUUUGAAUUUGUUAACACUUUGUUUACAGUUGAGAAUGUUUUGUUUUGUCUUUUCUCCUUUGUUUACAAGUGAAAGGUAGGGAAAGUGGGAAUGGGGUUUGGAGGAUCCAUCUGUGAUAACCCUGAACCUGGCCACCUUAAGAGGGUUUUCUAACCUGCAGCUCUCUCAGGCCAGCGAGUCAGCGUGUGUCCUAGCACACCUGGAAGGCCUGGGAGUAGCUAUCUUCUGGCCGCUGGGAACAGUGGUUGUGCAGGGUUGGGAUUCUGUGCAGAUGCCUCCCCACACCCCCGCCCGUUGCAUACUCUUGGGAGGCAGUUUCCAAGAUGAAAAGUCCUACUUCCCUGACUGGUGCCAAAUCUCACCAGCCAGGACUCCAGCUCUCCUCACCCAGGAUAACCCCAGCCUGUGCAGGGGCUGAGUGGCCUGCUGUGGGUGGGAGAGUCCUUGCUAUGUCCUAGGUUCUAUAGAUGCCCCUCUCUGAGGGUCCCCCUUCUAGCCCAGCGGCCCUCUUUCCUGUCCGUGUAAAUUGUUCCGUGAAGCCGCGCUCUGUUUUGGGAAUAAACUUCUAUAGAAAACA